CUUCCUCUCUUGGCUUAUAUAUAUGCAUUGUAACUCUGUAAGUAAAAUCAUGGCUAUGGAAGACAGGGAACGCACAGUAUCUGGGUCGCCAGGGGGCAAUUCGGAGAGAGAGUCACCGCCCCCGGCGAGUGGUGGUGGUGGUGGUGGUUGGUUCAUGCCAGAGGUGAUGAACAUUGCUGUGAACACAAGCAUAGAGGGAAAUCUUGGAGUCACUACUGGAGGUAUUGUGGAUGGUGGUGGGAGUGGAGAUUUGUUGGGGAAAAAGAAGAGAGGGAGGCCAAGAAAGUAUGAUGCAGAUGGGAACUUGACACUGUCAUAUAUGGCAUCAGGAUCACCACCACCACCACCACCAGGUUUUUCUUGGAAAUCACCUUCUUCUGGGUUAUCCUCCAAAAGGGGACGUGGUCGCCCGCAAGGUUCUGGUAACCGGCAACUACUCUCUUCUCUGGGUGAGUUGUUUGCAAACACAGCCGGAGGGGACUUUACCCCACAUGUGGUGACUGUGAAUACAGGAGAGGAUGUUGCAGCAAAGAUUUUUUCAUUUGCUCAGAAGGGUCCUAGAGGGAUAUGCAUUCUUUCUGCCAAUGGAGCUGUUUCCAAUCUCACAAUUCGCCAGCCCAGUUCUUCUGGGGGAGUUUUGACAUAUGAGGGACGCUUUGAUAUAUUAUCUCUAACGGGGUCGUUCACAAUUUCUAAAAAUGGUGGUGUAAAAAGUAGGACUGGUGGUUUAAGUGUCUCAUUGGCUGGCCCUGACGGACAAGUGAUUGGAGGUGGUAUUGCUGGUUUAUUAAUGGCAGCCAGCCCUAUCCAAAUUGUAGUGGGAAGCUUCAAACCAAACAGUAAUAAGAAUAAGACACAUAAAAGGAAGCAUUAUCUUGAAUCUACAAUGGCUCCCAUGAUCCCGGGUGGUCUGGACACUGUGACAGUGGUGAAACCAAUCUCGCAAGCAGCAUCAGAUGGCAGUAUUUUCCCAAUUCCAACAUCUCAAUUACGUGUGCAAAGCCAUUCCACAUCUACUGAUGCCGCAGGGAGUAAUUGCUUCGAGCCCAUUUUGAAUCAGAGACAGUAUCCUGAUAUCAAUGUAUCCGUGACACUUGAGUAGCACAUAGGGCAUGAUCAACUAGAUUUUUCCUGUUCUUUUUAUUUAUUUUUUUUGUAAUUGUGUCUCAAAUUUAAUGUUUGUCAUCUGAAGAAUCAACUUUCGAUCAAUUGUAGACACUGGUUAACAUGAUCAGUUAUGAG